AUGGAGCUGUUUCUGCCAAGCCUUUCUCAACUUUCCGCUAAUUGUUUUGUUGUUCAUUAUGCCACAACUAAACAUUUUAGAGGCUUAGCUGAUGGGAUUUAUUCGGAUACAAAGAGCGAUUACUAUGUCAGGUUGUUUUGCGCGCGAUAUCAUAAAGUUAAAGGAAGAUACGAGAUCUAA